AUGAAGCUUCUUCUCUUCACGGCAUUCGUUGCGACCAUCUCCUAUGUCAGCGCCGGCAAGACAGCGAGGCUGCUGGCAGCUAUGAAUGCUGGGAUGCUCAAUGGGAUGGUGGCUGGAGGUCUGAACCCUGCUUUAGCAGCUGGUGGUGGAGUCGGUUUCAUUGGGCAGCCUCAGUUUGCUCAGUUUGUUCCUGGACUUCCUGCCUUGGCUCUUCGCCCUCCCAUUGCCAACAUGCUCCCUGCAGCGAUCAAUGCGUACCAGCUUCCUUUCAUGGGCGUUCCUCAGAUGGCUCCUCCUCAGCAACCUCAGAUGGGCAUGGCAGGUGGAGCCAUGCAGCAGCAGUUUCCAAUGGGGCUGGCAGGUGGAGCCAUGCAGCAGCAGCUUCCAAUGGGGAUGAUGGGUGGAGCCAUGCAGCAGCAGCCUCAGAUGGGGGUGGCCGGUGGAGCCAUGCAGCAGCAGCAGCUUCCUGCUCAGCCUGAUGCUCUCAGGAGAUUCAGGCGUCAGGUUGUGAAAUCAGCAGGUACAGGGAAGUCUGCUGUGGACACACAGCUCCCAGCUCCCACUGAGUCAGCAACAACACAGCCUCCAUGUGACAACAACAUUUCUUCUGAGACUAAUUAAACUCAUAAAAAUCCGUCUUCAUGACGUGAGAAUUGUUAUUUCAAACACAAUUAAAUGCAAUUUGUAAUGUCACAUAUUUGAUGUUUAAUAAAAAAAAUACCUCUA